AUGGCCGACAUGAUUCGGCGGUUACUUACCAUCACACUGUUGCCGCUAUCAGUGAAUUCGUUAUCAUGCUACAUUUGUGGCGACAACAACCUCGAUGAAUUCGGUGAAUGUUCCACUCAAUUUCAGUAUGACUGUAAAAGCUACGCGGCCAGAUUUCCACGUGACGAGACGAUAUUUUGCCGAACAACUCGACAUAAAGCGCCCAACAAUACAUACACAGUCAUGAAGGAGUGCAUAUCUGAGCAGGAUCACUACCAACUUUUCCCUAACAAGGGAUACGCCAUGGAUGAGGAAUGCGACCUUGUCGAAGUACACGGACAAGAGGUCGCUUACUGCCUUUGCCGUAAUCAGAACUUUUGCAACAGGGCGCCAAUCGCAGAUCAAUUUAUCGCCUUCGAAGAGAAGAAUCCGGAGCUGUUUGCUGACCCUGAGCCACCUACGCCAACAGUUCCGAAAGGGCCUGCACCACUUGCACCGCCAGUAGCGAUGCAAGCCUCGAACGGAUUUGGUGCUCCACCAAUACCACCUCCUCCAAUUAUCCCUAUAAAUGAUCCAAGGGUAAGGAGUAGUUCUGGAGUUACUAACUUAGUAACUAGUUAA